ACAGGGGAAAUUGUUAAAGAGCUAGAUAUGGCAUUAGAAUUCUUUUUGUGACAGUGAUUUUCAAAUUAUGACCAACCCAUUCGAGAUGAGCUGACCCUAACGUGACAUAUAACCAUCCGGCCAUAUAGACAUCUAGCCAUGCAGCCAUCUAGCCAACUAGCCAUCUAGGCACAUAUCCAUCUAGCCAUUGAAUAAGACAUUCGAGAUGAGCCAACACAAAUGUGACAUCUAGCUAUCCAGCCAUCAACCCAUUUAGACAUCUAGCUUUCUAGCCAUCAAGACAUCUAGCUUUCUAGCCAUCUAGCUUUCUAGCCAUCUAUACAUCUAUCUUUCUAGCCAUCUAGACAUCUAGCCAUUGACCAACACAUCUGAGAUGAGCUAACCCAAAUGUGACAUCUAUCCAUUUAGUCAUCCAGCUAUCUGAACAUCAAGCCAUCUAGUCAUUGACCUACACAUUCGAGAUGAGUUAACACUAAUGUGACAUCUAGCCAACCUGCCAUCCAGCCAUCUUGCCAUUGACCAACUGAUCAUUGAUAUAUUUUGUGUUGUUAAGCUUUUGAUAAAUUCAUGGCUGACUUGUAGAUGUAAAACUUCAUUUUAAAGAUUCUUCUGAAUUAUGGUUUAGAAAUAUAGGUGAAGUCAUCAUUUCCUUUAAUUUGAAGAGUUACGAUCCUAUCUUUAUAUUUGAGGACCACUGAAUUUGUUAUCGACACUAAUUUCUCAGAGAGCUUAGAGGAAAGAAGCUCUUGAUAUAACGCGUACGUUCAACACGGUUUGAUGACAUGCAGUUGACAGAUUGGUGACAGGCAGUUGACAGAUUGGUGACAGGCAGUUGACAGCUUGGUGACAUGAAUUUGGCGGUUUUAUGACAUGCAGUUGACAGAUUGGUGACAUGCAGUUGACAGAUUGAUGAUAUGCAGUUGUCAGAUUGAUGAGAUGGAGUUAACGGUUUGAAUGACAUGCAGUUGACAGAUUAAUGACAUGCAGUUGUUUAGUUAUAGACAUGUUCUUCAAUUAAUUUCAGUCUUUUUAAUUUUUUUUAAAACCAUCACACAUUGUUUGUAUAAUACAACAACUCUUCAUAGAAUGUUUGAUGUGCAAUUGACCUCAGUGCUCCACCUAUGUGUGUUGUGCAUUAGCCUACUCCAGUGUUCCGUCAGUUCCGCACCUGUCCAGCCCACGCACACAGGUGAGUAAUAAUCCCAACCAAUCUUGGAUGUUGUUGUCUUAGUCGAUGACAACAUAAUGCACACGUUCUAUUAGCCGUUGUUAAAGUGGCAGACGGUAACUCGAAGUAUUACGGUUGUUGUCUUAGUCGAUGACACCAUAAUGCACACGUUCUGUUAGCCGUUGUUAAAGUGGCAGACGGUAACUCGAAGUAUUACGGUUGUUGUCUUAGUCGAUGACACCAUAAUGCACACGUUCUGUUAGCCGUUGUUGAAGUGGCAGACGGUAACUCGAAGUAUUACGGUUGUUGUAUUAGUCGAUGACACCAUAAGGCACACGUUCUGUUAGCCGUUGUUGAAGUGGCAGACGGUAACUCGAAGUAUUACGGUUGUUGUCUUAGUCGAUGACACCAUAAUGCACACGUUCUGUUAGCCGUUGUUAAAGUGGCAGACGGUAACUAGAAGUAUUACGGUUGUUGUAUUAGUCGAUGACACCAUAAUGCACACGUUCUGUUAGCCGUUGUUGAAGUGGCAGACGGUAACUCGAAGUAUUACGGUUGUUGUCUUAGUCGAUGACACCAUAAUGCACACGUUCUGUUAGCCGUUGUUAAAGUGGCAGACGGUAACUAGAAGUAUUACGGUUGUUGUAUUAGUCGAUGACACCAUAAUGCACACGUUCUGUUAGCCGUUGUUGAAGUGGCAGACGGUAACUCGAAGUAUUACGGUUGUUGUCUUAGUCGAUGACACCAUAAUGCACACGUUCUGUUAGCCGUUGUUAAAGUGGCAGACGGUAACUAGAAGUAUUACGGUUGUUGUAUUAGUCGAUGACACCAUAAUGCACACGUUCUGUUAGCCGUUGUUGAAGUGGCAGACGGUAACUCGAAGUAUUACGGUUGUUGUCUUAGUCGAUGACACCAUAAUGCACACGUUCUGUUAGCCGUUGUUAAAGUGGCAGACGGUAACUAGAAGUAUUACGGUUGUUGUCUUAGUCGAUGACACCAUAAUGCACACGUUCUGUUAGCCGUUGUUGAAGUGGCAGACGGUAACUCGAAGUAUUACGGUUGUUGUAUUAGUCGAUGACACCAUAAGGCACACGUUCUGUUAGCCGUUGUUGAAGUGGCAGACGGUAACUCGAAGUAUUACGGUUGUUGUAUUAGUCGAUGACACCAUAAGGCACACGUUCUGUUAGCCGUUGUUGAAGUGGCAGACGGUAACUCGAAGUAUUACGACGACCAGACGGAUUUUCAUUAGUGGAUUACAUAACAUGUCAUGGCACUUCUGAAUGUAAACAUGUCAUUGCACUUCAGAUUUUGAGCACGUCAUGACACUUCUGAAUGUAAACAUGUCAUGGCACUUCAGAUUUUGAGCACGUCAUGACACUUCCGAAUGUGAAUAUUUCAUGACACUUCUGAAUGUAAACAUGUCAUGUCCGUUGAGAUUAUGAAGGAAAUAGUAGAACAAGGUGUGUUGAAGCUUGCAUCAAAAGACAGGACAAUGAGAUGUGAAUGUUUCGGCCAAGAGCCUUCCUCAGCAAACUGGACAAAUGGAAGAAAAUACGACAACUGCUAGUUUGUAUUUCUUGUCUUAUUUUCAUGUUUCCGGUCUGCUGAGGAAGGCUCUUGGCCGAAACGUUCUUAUCUUAUUGUCCCGUCUUUCUAUUUUAAGCCUCCACACACCCAGUUCUAUUACUCCCUUCACACAGCUUGAACGCAGGCUUUCCUUUAGUAUCCAUCAGAUGGUGAACAGAUUAAAAUCUUACUGAAAUGACCAUUAUCCACUGAUAAUGUAAGAACGCAUCAUUCAUAAAUUAACAUCUAAUAAAUUUACACCAAUUCACCAUUCCGAUUACGAUUACGAUAUGAAAUUAUAUUGAAAUAAAAGUGCAUUUAUGAAACUAAUUCUUUCAAUGAAAGCAGUGAUCUCCAGUGUGGAGCGUUCAGAUUAUUGGUGAUCGGUUUGGUUUGGGGGGGGGGGGGCACUUAGUCUUUUAGGUAGGGAAGUUUUCACCUACAAUAUCGAAUGAGUCCAAACAGACUUUCACGUGGACAUUAAAAUUUCAGGUGCUUAGGUGGGGCUUGGGGUAAAAAAAAAGUUUGAGAAACACUGGUGUAAUGUUAGGGCUGGAAGAAACUUUUUCGUUACCAACAUAUCACCUUCUACGUGUGUUUCCUGGAUUGUUAGACAUACGUGCGAUUUAUCUUACGUCACCAAAGAGACAAGUUUGAAGUGAGUGGAAGCUCUUGUGUUAGAUGCAAAUGUUUCUAAGUAAACUCCUACACUGUCCAUGCUUACACCGUCCAUACUUACACUGUUCAUACUUACACUGUUCAUACUUACACUGUCCACACUUACACCGUCAAUAGUUACACUGUCCAUACUUACACUGUCAAUACUUACACUGUCCACACUUACAUCGUCCAUACUAACACUGCCCAUACUUACACUGUUAGUAAUUACACUGUCAAUACUUACACUGUCCAUUCUUACAGUCAAUAAUUACGCUGUCCUUACAAACACUGUACAGAUUUUGCACAAUAACUAACACUAUCAAUACUUACACUGUCCAUUCUUCCAGUCAAUACUUACACUGUCCACAAAAACACUGCACAUACUUGCACAAUAACUAACACUGUCAAUACUUACACUGUCAGUACUUACACUGUCAAUACUUACACUGUCCAUUCUUACAGUCAAUACUUACGCUGUCCUUACAAACACUGUACAGACUUGCAUAAUAAAAAGAAAAAAAAAUCAUUCUGAUCUAGCGCAUCAUCACUCCCACCUAUCCAUUCAACCACUUAUCCAUAUACCCACUUAUCCACACCCACCGAUCUAUCCCCCAUCCAUCCACCCAUAGACCAAGUUACACAUCUGAUCCAUCCAACCAUCGACCCAACCAUCCAUCCAUCCUUCCAUCUACCCACCAUUCGACCCACCCACCCAGACACCGAUCGACCCAACCAUCCACCCACAGAUCCACCCACUCAACCACCCAUUCAUCAAUCUACCCACCCAUCUAUCCACCAAUCCAUGCAUCCAAUCAUCCAACCAUUCAUUCAUCCAUCCAACCAGUGUUUCUUUCAGAAAUGUCCCCCCCCCCCCUUCCCCCAACCGGUUUGGGGGCGUACUUCAGAUUUUCCGGGGGGGGGGGGGCAGUGCCAAUUGGGUUUUUUUUGGGCAUGUUUCAGUGCGAAUUGGUUUAUUGGUGGACGUAGGGGGGGGGUGGGGUGGGGGGCACUUGCCUUUCACUCAUAAAAAGUGUUCCAUUUCUAUCUCGCUAUGAAUAAAUGUUUAGAAUUCUUUAUUCCAGGAUUUUUAAAAUCCAAAUUGAUCUUAAUUUAAAUAUCUAAAAAAAAGCUGUUCAAAAAUAAAUCCUCUAUAGUGAGGAUCAUAUUUAUAACUAGGAUCAUAUCUUAAAUUGGGAUCAUAUCUUAAACUAGGAUCAUAUCUAUAACUAGGAUACUAUCUAUAACUAGCAUCAUAUCUACUACUAGGAUCAUAUAUCAAGAAAUUUCUAUUUAACUUCCUUCUGCAGUUAACAGUGAAAGUAAAUUCGAGCCAGUCACUUCCGGUCCCAUGAUUCAUUAUCCUCUGAAGUUCGAGGUCAGGCUGACUUAUGCAGACACCUCACCGUCAGACAUGUAUGUUGAGAUUUGUGUCGACUUGUUAUGAGUUAUCUGUGGCUACUCGUGUAUACAGGUCUAUAUGUACACAAUCUUUAUUGAUUGUAUGAAACUCGGCUUUAAAACAAAUUAAAUGGUUCACCCCUGACUUAACUUAUAUUAGCAGUGAACAUUUCCUAAAUACCAAACCACAUAGAGUAAGAUUUGACUUUGAUGUAGAGCAGUGGUUCUCAAACUUUUUUUUCCGACCACAGCCCCCUUGAGCACAUAGCUUAGCUCUGACCGCUCUCCCCAUGGUCAUAACCUAAUAUAAAAAUUCUCAGCAGAGGAGUGACGUUUGUUAUGACCCUACAUGUUAGCUUAUUCUUACACAACAACUAUUUCAAACUUAACAUUUAAUCAAAACACAGAUGGAAUUUAAAAAAAAAUUAAAUAAUGAGUAGAUUAAGCGUUAGAAUAGCGUUUUCUAAAAGUCGGCCAAUUAGUUGGGUAGAGGUUGUAGAGUCGAUCAAUUGUGAUGGGAUGAAUGGUCUUGCUAUAGUGAUGGCAGUUUCGGUGGCUGCUGAGGGACUUUUAUAAAGAAAUUGAGCUGUGUUCAUAUUUCUAUACUAUUUGCUUCUUUAAGUUGCUUAGUUGUAUGACCACUAAAACAUCUUUCCAACAAAUGCAACAUGAGGAAUGCAUAGAGGAGCUCCUUAAUCACCUACUGCCGUGCAGAGUAGGAUCCAAAAUUUCACACCACGCUUGGCCAAGAGCUCUUAGUAUCAUUUUCUCAAAAUGUGGUUUAAGCUCAAUAUCAUUGUUGGCUUGAAAGGCCCCGCCCCCCUACCCCCCCCCCUCCUCCCCAAUUCCCCAACUUCAGCUUGCGCAUCGUUCAUAAGAAUGGGUUUACCCCUCAAUCAGUGAUUGUCAUCAAAAUAAAAUGAUAACAUCACUUAUCUUAUGUGGCAUAUCCAAAUGGUCGCAAGUUACGACGCUUCUUUUAGUUAAGAUGGGCUUAACACUCAGUGUACCUUGCCAUACCUAAAAUGGCAUUGAAAGAGUUAAUGUUCAUAUCAUAAUUCGCAAUAACCAAAAUGACAUUGAAAGAGCUACCGUAUAUGCUCGCAUAUAAGCCGAAUUUAGAACUAUAAAAUACAAUACUGACAUCAGGGGGGUCGGCUUAUAUGCGCAUAAAACAAAAUGGACACAAGGACAGACACCAGUGCCAAUUUUCCACACAAGAAAUUCCUAAAUAUCUACUUCGUUAAUCAUUCGUUGUGAACAACUUAUGAGCGGAAAUUCAGAUAGUAUUAAAGCACACAAUGUGGAAAGAGCAGAACACGUUUUUGUGUCAUUCCAAGAGGUAAACAAACAGGUAUGUAAGAUAAAAGUAAACAUCUGACAUCUUGACAGGAACACAUUGAUAGGAACCAAAAAUAUGGAGUAAAAUGAGACAAUGGUAUGGUCGGCUUAUGUGCGGUUUUUUUGCAAAAUCUGGUCAUUUUAAAGCAGUUUUAUAUAGGGGGUCGGCUUAUAUGCGAUGUAGGCUUAUAUGUGAUGUAGGCUUAUAUGUGAUGUAGGCUUAUAUGCGAUGUAGGCUUAUAUGUGAUGUAGGCUUAUAUGUGAUGUAGGCUUAUAUGUGAUGUAGGCUUAUAUGUGAUGUAGGCUUAUAUGCGAUGUAGGCUUAUAUGUGAUGUAGGCUUAUAUGUGAUGUAGGCUUAUAUGCGAUGUAGGCUUAUAUGCGAGUAUAUACGGUAAUGUUCAUAUCAUAAUAAGAGAGAACAUGAGAUAUUUAAAAUGUUAUCCUCCUGAAAUAAGUAAUUAAUUUUAUUGAAUUUAAGAAAUAUUCUCAUAUAAAAUCAUCAUAUGUAACCCAGUUACUAGAGUGGGCACACAGAGAAGCAUUGGUGCCAAUGAACUGUUAGGAAUGUCAGAAGGAAUCAGACAAUUCUUCAUCUUUAUCACCACAGAGGUUCAGGAAGAAAGUUGUCAACACACUGUUUUACUUCAAAAGCAUACACAUAUUUACGUGUUGUCUUGCAAAAAAAACAAAAAAAAAAAACAACAAACAAAAACAACAAACGACAACAACAACAAACGACAACAACAACAAACGACAACAACAACAAAAUGUUACAAAAGAUACACCAGCACGGAUCACUGAUUCAUUUUCAUUGAAAUUUAGCACAUCCAGUUAUACAGCAAACUCUGGUUUCAGUCAUGUUUAUGAAGUCAGUCCCUCUCUCAUUGCUAGUAGGAUAAAUUCUUCACCCAUUUUUUUUUGGGGGGGGGGGAGGGGGGGGGGCUUUCAAGAUUUAGAAAUCAACAAUACAUUGUAAUUCAUAUGCGGCAUGAAAGCCAUUAGUAUUUUGAUAAAAAGAAUGCAAACAUAUAAUAAACUACAUCUAAUAUUCAAAAAUAAAAACAAGAUAAUAUCCAACAUAACAGAUAAUAUCCAACACCGUAGUGUCAGCUCACAGUGACUGGCAAUGUAUAAAUGUACUGUUUAUCGCCCCUGGUACUGCCAUCUGUAGAAAUAAAGAUCAACUUCUUAUCUCUCACGAUGGCAUGUGAGGGAAAAAAAAAUAUAUGACCUAGUGUUGACGUGACCGUUUUUGUGGUGAAAGGGAGAUCAUCAGAAUAUUCCAACAGAAAACGGAGUAUUAGUUAGCUUCAAGUUUUCCAAUACAUUUAAUUUAUAACGCCAUUGAGAUCUCUGUACAAUACAUUCUUAAGUGUAGCAUUUGCUUAGGGUAACUGGUUCUAGCAACACCCCACCACCCUUCCCCUCCCCCUCGGAUGAUGCGCGCGAGAAGCAUGUGACUUGUGAUGUCAUGCUUUUUAGUUUCAUUUUUAUUUUUUUAUUAAAAAUUUUUUUUUUUUUUUAAAGUCAUUUGGAGUUGUUAAAAUUCCCGUCCUGUGGUUCAGAUCUCUCCCAUGCCAGUUUAUAGGUCAGACUUUUUGUUCUUAAGAGAUGUCAAGCCUCAUUUCAUAGUCCAAAUUACAAAUCCUGAUAUCAGGCCGGCCAAUGGCAGAAACCAUUCCAUUAGAGGCCCCCUAUUAACCCUACCCUGGCAUCCACUACUUCUUGUAGGUACGCAGUGUCUCUCAAAAGUGUUCAACUAAUAAUUCUGUUAUUCCUCUGCUCUGUGUUGUUUCAGAAACGCCCUCAGCCAGUAGCCAUGACGCCCACACCGCGCCCCACCACGCGGACGGCCAGGACAGCCCCCAGGUCGCGUGUCACUUUAAGAACACGGAGAUCGCCCUCCCCAUCACGUUCUCCCUGGAGAUGCCAUCCUACGUCAUGGUGGGCGGGCACAAGUUCAACCUCAAGUUACAGAUGCCUGUCAUCAACCAGGGGAUGUAACUCGAAGCUAAAUGUUGAAAGUUGUCGAGCCUGAUGAUUUAUUCAACGCUGUAUAGUACCCAAUAUUAAAAUACUUUCACUCUUAAGAAUGGUCACGAGUUCCAGCUGUGUUAUUUAUGUCUGCAUUCUCAGCACGCAGAAGUCUGCGCUAUAAAUAUUCUUGUCAAUCAACGAAAAUACGCUUUAAAUAAAACAUUUAUCAGAAGUUCAAAAUGACCAG